GUUUUAUUGUAAGAAAUGCAGAUAGACCAAGUGGAAGAUGAAAUAGCAUUGGCUCAUGCCUUAACUCUACUAUGUUUUCAGGGCCCCAAAAGAGUUGGGGAACUCUGGAAGUCUUCUGGGCUGGACUGGAAGAACUUCCUGUCCAAGAACGAAGACGUCCAUGACUUUGUACAGAAAAAGAAUCUAGGCUAUACAUUGGACGAGAGCCGAGCGUUACCUAGGAAACCCGAGCCUCUAACGAUGGACAGGAUACAGGACGAGCUGGAGAGAUUACUCAUGAAGGACAGGGCCGACAACGAGAAGAUUUUUGACUGGAUCGAGGCCAGCGUAGAUGAAGCCACGACGAAGGAACGAACAUUUAUCCGUGCCUUGAUGACAGCCGUGUGUAGAAGUGCAAUCACAGGUGAAGGUUCCAACCUGAGGUGCGACACCCAGGGUAUCCAGAAGAGAGUGGUUCUGUUGCAGAAGUACCUGGACAACGAGAGCACCAGAGAGCUACAGGCGCUCUUCGCACUACAGGCACUCAUGGUGCAACUGGACCAGCCGCCAAAUCUGCUUAGAAUGUUCUUUGACACACUUUACGACGAAGAUGUAAUAUCGGAGGACGCCUUCUAUGCCUGGGAGUCGAACACGGACCCAGCAGAGCAAGAGGGAAAGGGAGUCGCGUUGAAAUCCGUGACUGCCUUCUUCACAUGGUUAAGAGAAGCGGAGGAGGAAGAGACGGAUAGCUGAAACCCCCUUACACAGCCUCAACUGAUGCAUAUACAUAAAUCAGAUUAUUGAAACCCCGGUAUACGAGGCUGAGUGGAAUUAAAAUAGGGCUGCGUUAUCAUGGUCAGCUCUGACAACAAAACGAAAAGAAGCAUCCGUAAUUUAUUUUAUGUCUGAAGGGGGAAGAAAGAAAAAAAAAUGCAGUGUACGACGGAUAGAAAUGAAGAAAAAAUGAUGAUAAUGUAGUAAGAGGCCAUAGUUCCAGCUAAAAGCAGUAGAUUUCUAGCACUACUGAAAUGUAUCUUCCAAGUCCAAAUGAAUUCUGUUAGCUGGAAAUAUGGCCAAUCUAACCAUGCAGCAUUGUAGUUGGAAAGGAGAAGCAGCAAGAAAAAAAAAGAAUACAUGUGCUCUGACAAGCUUUGUAUAUGUACAUGCUCUUACAAUCAAAUUGACAAUUUUUCCUUUCUGCAGAGAAUAAAGAAUAAUUUAUUAUUGCAGAAGACUGACUAAGAUGUGCGACACCAACAUUUGUAUUCAAAGAACGCAAGUUCUGGUGUCUGCAAUGAAGUUCUCAGAAAGCAGUUCUGAGAAAAUGAAAUAAAGCAGUUGAAUGUGAUACGAUGUCGUCUCAAAAUCUCUGCUGUCAAUGUCCGACCGACCAAGGCGCAUUUCUGUAGGGCGAUGGAGUAGAAGACAUGCUUGCAAUCGGUCAGCUAUUCAAGAGCCUCGUGGGAGAUGUAGAAUGCGAUGACACGUUUUAUACGCUAAUGCUGACCAACUCUGUGCUUCCUAAGAAAAAAAGAAAGAAUUGAGGUGGAAAAAGAAGAUAUAGUCCACUUUUUGCAAAUCAGAAAAAGAAAGCAGCGAGCAAAGAAAAUGAUGACGAAAAACUGCAAUUUGUGUUUCCAACUCUUCCCGAAUCCCCCCAUCACAUGUUGUAAAGUUUCCUAAAGUUGUAAAUAAAUAAAACAUGAAG